AUGACUGAACAGAAAAGAAAAAUUCAAACUGUGGUGAUUUGCGGGUUGCUUUUAUUUUCAAUAAUUGAUCAUACAGAGUGCCGUAAAACAUCAAGCAAUAGUAAAAGUAAAUCAAAAUCCGGAUCUCCUACCGUUCGUCCAAAAACAAACAACCCCCAACAAUAUGCAAAUCCUGCAAGUCUUUCUUACUCUGGAAUUUCUCCAAAUGCACCCCAACAACCAAAACCAUCAGCACCAAAAAUAGAACAGAGACCUGUUCAAUCAUUAGCUUCACCAGUCAAUUAUCCACAGUCUUCAAACACAAAUUCUAGACCUGUUGGAUGGGAUGUAAAUACUCAACAACGUCCACAAUCACCACCGUACCCUCAAUCUCCACAAUAUCCAGUAAACACUAAUCAACAGCGUCCUCAAUCACCACCAUAUCCGAUAAAUCAACCUCAACAUAAUUCACCUCCUUAUCCUCAAAAUGGAGGAUCUCCAAAUAUGAAUCAAAAUCCUGCAUAUAAUCCUCAACAGCCUGCAUAUAAUCCUCAACAGCCAGCUUAUAAUCCGCAACCGAUCCAUAAUCAAAAUCCUUCCUACAAUCCACAACAGCCUGCAUAUAAUCCACAACAAUCCGCUUAUAAUCCUCAACAGCCAGCUUAUAAUCCACAGCAAAUCCAUAAUCAAAAUCCUCCUUUCAAUCCUCAACAACCGGCAUAUAAUCCACAACCUGGAUAUAAUCCACAGCCUGCUUAUAAUCCACAACCUGGGUAUAAUUCACAACCUGCAUAUCACCCACAACAACCACAAAUAAUUCAACAACAAUCAAGUGGACCAGGAUUAUUGAAAACUGUUGCAGUAGGAGCUGCCGCGGGAUUAGGAACUUCCUUGUUAUUUAACUCACUUACAUCUAAAGAUGAACCGAAAACUACCGUAAUAAUUGUUAAUAAUACGCAACCAAUUCAACCUGCUCCAGCUUUACAACCAGAAGUGGCUACUCCUCUACCAAUUCAAAAUAAUGAAGCUGUUGUAGUUCCAGUCCAAGAACAAAAUACACAAGCUCCAUAUGCAAUACAACAAUCAGUUCCUGCACAAGCUCAGCAAAUCCCUGUACAAGAAAAUCAACAGUUUGUACCCUUCUCACCCCAACAAAUUCCUAUUCAAGAAAAUCAGCAACAAGUUUAUCAACAACCUCCAUUACAAGAACAGACACAAGGCAUUGUUCAAAACCAACCUUCAAUGAUUGAAUCUCAAACAACUAUUUUACCGACUAUAAUGCCUAUCAAUUCAAUUAAUACAGAAGUAAUUCCACAAAAUCAAACUUCUUUCGCCGAAACCACAACAUUUUUAGCUACUACAAUUCCCUCAAGCUCGACUCAAGAUAAGGUUCUUCCACCAGUCAAUGCUUUAAGCUCUCAAACUCAUAAAAACUCAACAAUGAGUCAUGAUCAUAAUAAAAACCAUACCUCAAUAAACACUAAUCAUAUGGUGCCUAACCAAAAUAAUAUGUUUAUUCAAAAUGAACAACAAGUCGCCCACUCUAAUAACCCUUCAAAUGUUGGAUGGAGCUUAAAUCAAAAUCAAGCUGCUCAUCAUCAGCAAAAUAAUCCAAAUGGAUAUGUUAUGCAACAUCAUGAUAGUUCUCACGGUACGUCACAUUCAAAUCAGCAAAAUUCAAAUACUCAUCCUCAACAGCAGCAACCAGAAAGCAGUAAUUUUGGCGGAAUCGCAUUAGGUGCGGCCGGUGGACUUGCAUCAGGUGCAAUUGGAGGAUACCUUUUGAGCAAUGCUCUUAACUCGGGAAGUAAAUCAGGAGAAAAGGAGUCACCCUUAGUUCAAAAUAUAAAUGAGACAACUGUUUCAAUAAGUGAGGCAUCAAAUUUAGAAAGUACUACUUUAGUUGCCGAAAAUAAUACUAUUUCUAAUACCAUUGAAAUGCUUAAUCAAACUGAUUCGUCAACUAUCGCACAAAGUUCUCAAAAGCCUUCUGAAUCUAAUAAGGCUACAGCAACAAUCCAAUUAUCAAUUUAUGUCUGUGCUUUCGCGUCAUUAUUUAUGAAUAUAUUGCUUUAA